AUGGGAUGUAAACACUUUGAGUGGUGCUGUUUCACUAGCACUUCUUCUGACAAAUUUCCAAAGCACAGUAAGUGGCGAAUCUUGCCUUACAAGAAACUUUCAAAAGUCACAAACAAUUUUGAUCAAUCUCAUUGUCUUGGAAAGAGAGGCUUUGCCACUGAAUAUUACGGAAAACUUGAGGAUGGACGUGAGAUUACAAUCCAGUACUUUAAUGCAGACAAGCACCACAUAUUGCAAAAGUUUAUCAAUGAAACUACUAUCCUAAAUUACUUGCCACACAAAAAUAUUGUUUCAAUUUAUGGAUGUGCUUCGCAUAACGAGGAAUCUCUUCUAGUGCAUGAACACCUAUCCAAUGGCAACCUUGCUGCUCAUCUUCAAAGUGAAAUAGCCGGAAACAGCACACUACCUUGGCUGACACGUUUGGAUAUAGCCAUUGAUAUUGCAAAUGCAUUGGACUACCUUCACUAUUAUGGCAUCAUCCACCGCAAUGUGAAGUCCAGCAAUAUUCUCCUAGAUGUUAACUUUUGUGCUAAAGUUGCUAACCUUCAUUUAUCAAGGAAACUUCCAGAUGAAGUUCCUGUCUAUGCCACUCAUGUUACUAGUGAUAUAAUUGGGACAUGUGGUUAUAUGGACCCAGAGUUGACAAAUGGCCGGCUUAGCGUAAAAAAUGAUGUUUAUAGCUUUGGGGUGGUGUUGUGUGAACUGCUAACAUCAGUGCUAGCAAAAUACUGGCUUCUGAAUGAAGAGGGUAAUCUUUCUACCCUUAUAAACAGAAAUUUUGAAAACCAAGCUUUGGUGGAGUCGUUUGAUCCAAGACUUGGUUUUGAAUCCAACCUUAAGAUCAAAUGGAUGAUGACUGCUACAGCUGAGCUUGCACAUGUGCUUGAGAUUCUCAAUGGCAUAAAGCAAGGGAGAUAUGAAACAAACUCAACAAAAGCCUUGAAAAUCUUCCACCAUGCUGAACUUGAAGAGGCUACAAACAAUUUUGACACUUGUCUUGGAAAGGGAGGGUAUGGCACAGUGUACUAUGGAAAACUUCGAGAUGGGCGAGAGGUUGCAAUUAAAUGUUUCCAUGAUGAGAUAGAGACAGAAAAGACCAUUAAGCAAUUCAUGAAAGAAACUGAGAUCUUAUGUCUCUUGCAUCAUCAAAAUCUAGUAUCACUUUAUGGCCGCACUUCUCGCCAUAGCAACAAACACAUGCUGGUGUACGAGUACAUCUCCAAUGACACUCUUUCUAAACAUCUUCGAGAAUCUUCCUGUGGUAAACUUCCAUGGCAUACUAGAUUGAAUAUUGCCAUCGAAACUGCAACUGCCUUGGUGUAUCUUCAUGACUCAGGUAUCAUCCACCGUGAUGUAAAAGGGAGUAACAUCCUCUUGGAUGAAAAAUUUACUGUUAAAGUUGCAGAUUUUGGAUUCUCACGGUCUCUUCCAGAUUAUGCUACUCACGUAUCCACUAUACCAGUAGGGACUCGUGCUUACAUAGAUCCUGACUACUAUGAAUCUGGAAGGGUCAGUGACAAAAGUGAUGUCUAUAGUUUUGGGGUGGUCUUGUUUGAACUCAUAUCAUCCAACCCCCCAAGUUUAAUGGAAGGCACAGAUUAUGUUACUCUUGCACAGUUUGCAAAGAGAAAAAUAUUAAACAAGGAAUUAAAUGCGGUAGUGGAUCCAAGUUUUUGGUUUGGUUCUGACAUGAACAUGACAGAAAUGAUAACAGCAGUGGCAGAGUUAGCCUUUCAGUGUGUGCAAUGUCCCAAGGAACUCAGACCAUCGAUGAAACAGGUGCUAGAGACCCUAGAGGGCAUUAGGAAAGGAACAUGGGGAUUCAACCAGAUAACAUAGUCUUUAUUCAUGAGACCAAACCAACCAUUCAUUUGGUUUGUGUCCUACUAAUCGGAUUUUGCUGCAAGAUAGUAAUUUCAGGUUAGUCCUGCAUUAUUAAAAAUGGUGUGAAGGUGAAGGAGUGGCUCGUAAAGAAGGCAUGAGACUGCACUCCCGUAUUUUUCUUGACUAUUUAGGAUGUGCAUGUUUUAGCUAGAUUACACUUUUUUUAGGCACGUUGAACGUGAAUCCUUGUCUCACAUUGGAUUCACCUUCAGCGUUCUGCGUAGUCUAAGGACAAUAAAAACAUGUGUUCUUACAUGAUAUACAUAAAUGUAUUCCAUAUGUGCUAAAUGCACAAGAAAAGAGUGAAAGCUGGGAUCCAUCUCUGAAUUCUACGUUGCAUUAUGUGAAGUGUCCAUUGACAUAAAAGAGUCCAAUGUUCUCCCAUUCAUAUGAUAAUCCUCCUUCUUAACAAAAAUUUCCCAUCUGCCUCUCCUUCUGUGUUGUGUCGUGGUAAUUAAUUAUCAGUUAAAAAGUUAUCGCUACUACUUCAAUCCUUGGCGAUUACUACUUUCACUCUUUCUUUCAUUUAUGCACUCCUCUUCUCUUUUUAACCCAA